AUGUCUCCAACAUUCCGCGGGAGGAAGCAGUACACCAGCCAGAACGUGAUAGCAGCUAUGAAUCGCGGUAUGAGGUUCACCUACGUGCUUUCUGGGUGGGAGGGUUCAGCUCAUGAUGCGAGCAUCCUGGCUGAUAGCUUGUCAAGGCCUGAUGGGUUGCAAAUCCUUGAAGGCAAGUUCUACCUUGGAGAUGCUGGAUAUGCAUGCCGACCUGGUAUUCUACCUCCAUUCAGGAAAACAAGGUACCACUUCACCGAGUUCUAUGCGAAGCACCGACCUCAGAAUGCAAAAGAGUUGUUCAAUCUGAGACACUCAAGCCUUGGAGUCACCAUUGAGAGUGCCUUUGCUGCAAUGAAGAACAAGUUCAAGGUCCUUGACCAGAAACUGUUCCACGCUUUUGACACUCAAGUAAAGCUGGCCCUUGCUUGCUGCAUUUUUCACAACUGGAUCUUAGGUUGA